AUCCAUACCAUUAUUUUUCUAACCUUAUCAAAACUCACCCCAUUUGGGGUCCAAAAACAACCAACUCAUCACCACUUCGUUCUUCUCUCGGUCUCUGUCUGUUUCUCCGGCUUUUAGCAACAUCUCCCUCAUUCAACAACCCACAAUCCAGAAAUCGAAAGACAUACAGAAGAAAACGAAUAUUAAGAAAAGGAAGGGGAGAAAUGGCAGCAGAAAAUUGUCCGGUUCGAUUCGGGAUCAUCGGAUGCUCCAGGCUAGCGAAGAAAGUAACCAGAGCCAUACUCUUAUCCCCUGCCACCACCCUUCACGCAAUUUCCAGUGCCUCCCCUGAAGAAGCCAAGCAGUUCGCCGUCGCAAACGAGCUGCCGGAGACGGUCAGGAUUUGCAGCAGCCAUGAAGAAGUUGUCGACGAUCCGGACGUGGACGCAGUCUUCGUGCCGGUGCCGGUGGGGCAGCACUCGCGGUGGGGAGUGGCGGUAGCGGAGAAGAAGAAGCAUUUGCUGAUGGAGAAGCCCGGCGCCGUUGAUUUGGGGGAAUUGGAUAAGGUUUUGGAAGCUUGCGAAAGGAACGGAGUUCAGUUCAUGGACGCCACCAUGUGGCUCCACCACCCACGGACGGGCAAGAUGAAGGAGCUCAUCUCCGAUCCUAAACUCGUCGGAAACAUUGGACUAAUUCAUACAACAUCAACAGCUUUCAUCCCGCGUCAAUUCUUCGAGACCGCAGUCCCCGCCGGGAAGCCAGCAAUGGAAACCAUGGGGGCGGUUGGGGAACUGGGCUGGUACGGAAUAGGAGCGGUAUUGUGGGCGAAAGACUUCCACCUCCCCAGUUCAGUCACCGCUUUACCCGACAUCACCAAAAGCUCUACCGGAGUCAUUCUCUCCUGUUCUGCACAGCUGCACUACGAACAAGACAACACGGUCGGGAUCAUCCACUGCUCUUUCCUCUCUCAUCUCACCAUGGAAUUGGAGAUUGUUGGCGUCAAUGGGUCUCUGUAUUUAGGGGACUUCAUACUCCCGUACAAGGAGCAAUCCGCUGAGUUCAACUUCACUUGGAUGGCUAAGUUCGUGGAACGGGAUCUGGGUUGGAACGUGAAGCCCGAGAAGGUUGAAGUUGUGAAUGAAGUUUCACAGGAGGUUUUGAUGGUUGAGGAAUUUGCCAGGCUUGUUCAGGGGAUUAAGGCGGGGUCGCCGCCUGAUGUUAAGUGGGCUGAGAUUUGCAGGAAGACUCAGCUUGUUCUGGAUUCUGUGAUGAAAUCCAUUGAAAUUGGCUGCACAUGUGUAACUCUGUGAAAUGUAAGAUUCUGGAAUGUGAAUGAAACACAGUUUUACCU